AUGGACAAACUUACCGUUCAGACUGGAUUCACUCGUGGAAAUAUCAUGGGACGCGCUGAGCUGACAGAGACAGACAAAAGGACUGUCCACUUGUGGCGACCCUGGACUGUUACAGCAUCUCGCAGAAGACAGAGGACCGUGGCAUAUAAGCCUUACACGAAGCUCGAUGGAAGCGCUCCAGCGGACAAAUACUCAAAAUAUGACCGGAUUUCACAUCCCGUGAAGUUGUUCUGGCCCAAAUCCCGGUGUUACGACUAUCUCUACCGGGACGCAGAGGCGCUUCUGCGGAACUACCCGGUGCAGGCCACCAUCUGUCUGUACGAGGAUUCCAGUAGCGACGAAGACAGCGAGUCCGAGGAUGAGAAGGACUUCAACUGA